CGCGACGCCGCUCCGCGGUGGGGCGAGGCGGGCUGGCCGGACCUGCGAAGCCCCACGAGCUCGGCGCCGGCUGGCUGCGGCCUUGCUCUGCCUCCACGGCCUGGCCGCGAGGCUCCCGCAAGCCGGGAACCGCGAGCACCGGGGCUGACCCGACUCUCUCGGGCCUCAGACGGCGUGGGCCGUGGAAAACUCCGGUGCGGCCUCUUCCCCGGAAGUCCCCCAGUGGGCCUCGGCCGCUCUGGCCUGCGCGCGCCCGGCUCGCUGGUGCCCUGGGCGGCGCCCGGCCGCUGGCGCUUCUCCGGCGCUAGGGGGCGCGCGGCCGCGGUGGAGACGCACUGGGCCGCGGCGGCCGCUCGACUGCUCUGAGGCGCGUUCCGGACGCGCACCGCCCCCGCCCGCGUUCCCCCGGCAACCUGCGGCCGCCGCCAUGGACGCGCUGUCGGGGACAGGGCCUCCCCGGGCUCGCGGCUGCCUGGGCGCGGCUGGACCCAGGUCUUCAGGCCGCGCGGCGCGGACCCCCGCGGCGCCCUGGGCGCGCUUCUCCGCCUGGCUGGAGUGCGUGUGCGUGGUCACCUUCGACCUGGAGCUGGGCCAGGCGCUGGAGCUGGUGUAUCCAAAUGACUUCCGGCUCACAGACAAGGAGAAAAGCAGCAUCUGCUACCUGUCUUUUCCCGACUCACACUCAGGCUGCCUUGGAGACACUCAGUUCAGCUUCCGCAUGCGCCAGUGUGGAGGGCAGAGGAGCCCCUGGCAUGCCGACGAUAGGCACUACAACAGCAGGGCGCCCUUGGCACUACAGAGGGAGCCAGCGCACUACUUCGGCUACGUGUACUUCAGGCAGGUGAAGGACAGCUCUGUGAAGAGGGGCUACUUCCAGAAGUCUUUGGUGCUGGUGUCCCGCCUGCCCUUUGUCCGGCUGUUCCAGGCUCUGCUAAGCCUCAUCGCCCCUGAGUAUUUUGACAAGUUGGCGCCCUGCCUGGAAGCAGUGUGCAGUGAGAUCGACCAGUGGCCGGCGCCUGCACCUGGGCAGACUCUGAACCUACCUGUCAUGGGCGUUGUUGUCCAGGUGCGCAUCCCAUCCAGGGUGGACAAGUCCGAGUCCAGUCCUCCGAAGCAGUGUGAUCAAGAGAACCUGCUGCCAGCCCCAAUGGUUCUUGCUAGUGUCCAUGAGCUGGACCUGUUCAGGUGCUUCCGGCCUGUGCUGACUCACGUGCAGACACUGUGGGAGCUUGUGCUCCUCGGGGAGCCCCUGCUGGUCCUGGCACCCUCGCCCGAUGUGUCCUCAGAGAUGGUGCUGGCCUUGACCAGCUGCCUGCAGCCCCUCAGGUUCUGCUGCGACUUCCGUCCCUACUUCACCAUCCAUGACAGCGAGUUCAAGGAGUUCACUACACGCACACAGGCCCCACCAAACGUGGUCCUGGGAGUCACAAACCCUUUCUUUAUCAAAACACUCCAGCAUUGGCCCCACAUCCUCCGAGUCGGGGAGCCCAAGAUGUCAGGAGACCUUCCUAAGCAAGUCAAGCUGAAAAAGCCUUCAAGGUUGAAGACCCUGGACACUAAGCCAGGACUCAGCAGCAGAGCUCAGACCCUCAGAACCUCAGACCUUCGGACCCUCAGACCCUCGGGGAGGGGGCACCCUCUUGUCUUCUUCGGCCUCUACACCGCGUACACAGCCCACCUCCACCGCGACAAGGCGCUGCUUAAACGGCUGCUCAAGGGCGUGCAGAAGAAGCGGCCGUCAGAUGUACAGAGUGCCCUGCUGCGGCGGCACCUCCUGGAGCUCACCCAGAGCUUCAUCAUCCCUCUGGAGCACUACAUGGCCAGCCUCAUGCCCCUGCAGAAGAGCAUCACACCCUGGAAGAUCCGGCCCUUCAGCCAGGAUGACUUCCUGCGUAGCCUGGAGCAUGCCGGGCCCCAGCUCACCUGCAUCCUCAAGGGCGACUGGCUGGGUCUCUACAGGCGGUUUUUCAAGUCCCCCCAUUUUGACGGCUGGUACCGGCAGCGGCACAAGGAGAUGGCCCUGAAGUUGGAGGCCCUGCACCUGGAGGCUAUUUGUGAGGCGAACAUCGAGACCUGGAUGAAAGACAAGUCUGAGGUGGAGAUCGUGGACCUGGUCCUGAAACUUCGUGAGAAGCUGGUGCGGGCUCAGGGCCACCAGCUCCCUGUGAAGGAGGCAACGCUGCAGCGGGCCCAGCUGUACAUCGAGACGGUCAUCGGCUCCCUGCCCAAAGACCUGCAGGCUGUC